UUUGGAUCGGUGCAGCUCCAGCCAUUCCGGCCAUUUGGGAAGUGAACUAGCAGAUGGAGGACCUUUCUCUCUGUCUCUCCCUCUCACUGUCUGUAACUCAACCUCUCAAAUAAAUAAAUAAAAUCUUAAAAAAAGAAAAAAGUCACUCCUAAAGCCUUCCCUUGGCUUCAAUUAUAAAGUUUUAUCCCUCCUUGCCUACCUUUGCUUCUCAGACAAAUGCAAGUGAUGGUGAUUAACUCCUUUUCUUUAGUAAUCUGUGAAAACACAGGCUUUGCUUAUUCUCACUUGAGUGGUCUCCACUUAUUUCCCUUCAGUGAACACCUACACAAUCUAAUAAAUCAUGUUUUUUUUUUGUUUUCUGUAUCUUAUAAUAUGAUACCCUCCUCAUAGAAGUCAUGGUUUGGUAGAGGCUUACAUGUGGCUUCAAUGGCAAAUGUCUUUGUUGGUUCUUGCCCAGCCAUUGUCAUGACCUAUCCCAACAUCCAUGGCAUAUGAUGGAUCCCAUUCUUGGAGUCUGGAAGCUUAAUGCUUCAUAGAAAAGCAAUUAGAAGCAGCACAUGGUGCUUGUUCUCUUUGAGGGAAGAAGUAGAUUUCUCAACCUAAUUGAAAUUUGCAACAAUGCCAAGCUAUUACCAAAGAAUGCUAAAACCAUUACCAUAGACCCAGUAAUAGUGCCUCUUGGUUUUAUUUAAAUAAAUUGAAAACUUAUGCCCACACAGAAAUCUGGACAGGAGUACUUAAAGAACCUUUGUUCAUCGUUGCCAAAAUUUAGAAGCAAUAACAAUGUCUUUCAGUGAGUAAAGGGAUAAAUAAAUGUGACACAUUUAAACAAUGGAAUAUUACUCAGUAUAAACAAGCAAUGGGCUAUCAAGGAAACUUAAAUGCAUAUUACUAAAUGAAGAAACCAAUUUGAAAAAGCCACAUACUGUAUGGUCCCAACCAUAGGACUUUCUGGAAAAACUGUGGAGACAGUAAGACAAUAGUGAGACAAUAGGGGCUGUGAGUUGGAGGAUGGGAAAGGAAAAGGAUAAAUAGUGCACAGAGAAUGCUUAUAGCAGCAAAACUGUUCUACUCAAUUUUCAAGGUCACAGAGCUGGUGAAAGUCAAUGACAAGGACGGUGCCAUGGCUCAAUAGGCUAAUAGGUUCUAGUCCCCUUCGGGGAGCCGGAUUCUGUCCCAAUUGCCUUCUCUUCCAGAUCAGCUUUCUGCUCUGGCCCGGGAGUGCAGUGGAGGAUGGCCCAAGUGCUUGGGCCCUGCACCUUCAUGGAAGACCAGGAGAAGCACCUGGCUCCUGGUUUCGGAUCAGUGUGGUGCACCGGCUGCAGCGGCCAUUGGGAAAUGAACCAAAAGAGAAGAAAGACCUUUCUCUCUCUCACUGUCCACUCUGCCUGUCAAAAAAAAAAAAAAAAGUCAAUGACAAAGAGUGAGACCCAGAGUUACGGCCAUGACCCCAGGUUACCCGACUCCACUGCUUGGUCAGAGAGCAGCCAGGAGCCCCUGGGUCCCCUGGAGUCCCACCAUAGUUGCCUGGCUCUCAGAACUUCCCAGCUUUGUCACUGGCACUGAAGCACUUACAGACACUACAAAGUGAAUGAAGUGUGUCCCAGACCUUACUGGUCUUCCCAUCCGUGUGAUCUCUGUGACUGCUGUACCAAAAAUCUUUUCUUGCCGCUCUUGCAGGCAUUGGGCCUGGAGACCCUGAAUGGAUCCUAGGCCCAGGAUUCUGAAUCCAACUUGGGGGUUCCAUGGAGUGGUUCCUGCUAUUAGCAAACAAUGGAAUGGAUUGUAGAAGUUUGUUCCUGGAAUAGGAACAUGUGUAUGCAGGUGGUUCCAGGUGAGGCUGUGUUGCUUCAGGGAACUUCAAGUCUCCUUUCCUAAUAGGACAGAGGGCAGAAGGAUGAAAGUCAGGUCUAGAGUGGCUUCAUGAGGAAUUCGAUGUCUGUUCUGGAGAUGAUGGAGGCAAAGGGAGGUUUGGCGCAGAGAAGGGAGGUGGCCUGACCCAGGUCUCAUAGGCUCUUUACACCUGAGUGUGGAGAACAGCCUUUGUGAGUGAAGAGACAGCAAGAUGAGGGAGGAGACUACUGCAGUAAUCCAGAAAGUCUUUCUUUUUUUUUUUAAAUUUAUUUGACAGGUAGAGUUAUAGACAGUGAGAGAGAGAGAGAGAAAGACAGAAAGGUCUUCACUCCCCAAAUGGCCACCAUGGCUGGAGCUGCUCCGAUCUGAAGCCAGGAGCCAGGUGCUUCUUCCCAGUCUCCCAUGUGGGUGCAGGGCCCAAGCACUUGUGCCAUCCUCCACUGCCUUCCUGGGCCACAGCAGAGAGCUGGAUUGGAAGAGGAGCAGCCGGGUCUAGAACCCGGCAGCCAUAUGGGAUGCCGGCACCGCAGGCAGAGGAUUAACCAAGUGAGCCAUGGCGCCGGCUCCCAGAUGAGUCUUGAUGGUGUGAACCAUUGUAGUAGCUGUGGAAGUGGUAGAAAUGGUUGCAUUCUGGCUCAUAAUUUUGUAUAGGUCUGCUCUGAUUUUCUACUUUUGCGAAUGAGAGAGAAAAAGGGGAUGACUGAAAGAUUUUUGCAUUCAUUAGUUGGAGUAUAGAAGCUCCAUCUCCUGGGAUGAUAAAGUAACUAAUAGGAAUAAUUUUCACUGGGAACAUCAUAAGUUUCUUUUGGGCAUAUUAAAGAUAUGAGGUAUUUGAGGAUGAGUAGAGGUAUCAAGGGUGGAGGGAUAGACACAUCAAUCUGCAAUUUAGGUGUGGGGUUCAGGAUUGAGACAUCUUCUAAGAGCAGCUGAUAGUGCAUGGGCCAGUAUGGAGCUGUUGGUCUUAGUUCAGACGGUUAACAAUAACAUAUAUACUGUUGGUUUAAACAACAAAAAUGUGUUUCUCGCAGUUUGGAAGCUGGGAAGCCCAAGACCAAGGUGUCAGAGUUUUGGUUUGUGUGGGGCCUCAUCCAUGCUGUGAUCGUUAGAGACCCUGUCCUCAGACUGCUGGCUCCCGAGUCCAAGAAGCAUUCCCAUGAGCAGUCUUCGGUGUUGGCCACAUUUUUGGUGGUAUGUCUCCCUGCCACCAAAACCUGCCUCUCCUUCAUCAACAGAAUCUGCAGAGGGAGCAUCACAGAAAUACAAGACCGCUUAGGGAAUAACUGGAUACUCAACAAUGAUGGAUUUGAUGAAAGCUCUAUGUAGAAGAAUAUUGUAACACAAAUGGGCAAGAAAAUGAUACAGUAUACAGAAAUAAGGACUUACUGGCUUUGCGUGAACUACUGCCCUUGUGACUGAAUGCCAUCCAGGGCUCUGACCAUGGGAAUCAUCUUUGUCUCUCAGACAGGAGUCGGAUUCCUAGGAAACAUCCUGCUCCUUCUCUGCUAUGGCUUCCUUUCCUGCACUGGACGAGGGAUAACACACAUGGAUUUGAUUCUCCAUAACCUAAUUGUAGCCAACUGCUUGGUUCUUCUCUCAAAAGGCAUUCCUCAGACCAUGGCAGCUUUUGGGCUGAAAUAUCUCAUGGACGAUUUUGGAUGCAAACUAGUUUUCUAUGUUCAUAGAGUGGCCAGAGGGGUGUCUCUGAGUGCUACUUCUCUCCUGAGUGGCUUCCAGGCCAUCACAAUCAGCCUUAGCAGCCCCCAGUGGAUGCAGCUCAAGGUCAAAGCCCUCAAAUCCAUUCGACUUUCCAUUCUGCUCUGCUGGACCCUUCACCUGUUGGCAAAUAGUAUUGUGCCUAUGUAUAUUACAGCAAUGAGGGAGAGAAGCAACCUCACAGAGAAAAAGGACUUAGGGUUCUGUUCUGGCUUAAUUAUUGACAGAAGUAUAUCCUUAUUGUAUUCCAUGAUGUUUUCCUUCAUUGACGUGUUGUAUUUGGUGUUAAUGAUUUGGGCCAGUGGCUGCAUGUUGUUCAUUUUGUACAGACAUAAGCAGAAGGUCCUACACAUUCACAGCAAAAACCUCUCUCCCAAAUGCUCCCCGGAGACAAGAGCCACCCACAGCAUCCUGAUCCUAGUGAGCACAUUUUUCUGUUUUUAUGCACUGUCUUCCUUCUUUACUUUCUAUAUGUUUCUCUUUGAUAAACCCAGCUGCUGGCUGGUGAAUACCUCUGCCCUUAUGGGUUCAUCUUUCCCCUGUGUUAGCCCCUUUGUUCUCAUCAGCAGAGACCUCCAUGUCUCUAGGCUGUGGUAUACGUGCGGCACAAAGAUCAAUGAUUUUCGUAAACGGGUUAUAGCAUGAAAAUCCAGAAUGCUGCAUACUGUCCAUGUAUCAGUUCACCCUGCCAUAUUUUAUAUAGUAUUUACAUUUGCUAAAUCAGUUAGUGGAUAGGAUCAAAACAAGAUAGAUUGAGCGUGAACACAAAAUUAUUUCAUUUAGCAGAUAGCCAGGCAUGGAACAAGGAGGGGCUUCUGAUUUCUACUUUGCCUUCAUCAAAUGAGGGUGUUUUUCUUUCGUCUUUGUCCUCAUGUGUCCUUAGCUUCAUACAAACCCUACUGAAUCUUCCCUUUACCGUUCAAUCCUUUUAAAAUCCUCAUCUGAUAUAUUAUGAUAGUAAUGUCUACUCUCAGUUUUACAUCUUUGAUUAAAUACAUAAAAUGAACUCCUAAAAAUGUAAGAUUACUUGCCUCACUCUGACUCUCUGGGGACUAUCCAAAGACUGUGAAUAUAUUUAUGAUACAGUUUACCUUCCUUGGUUCACUGGAGGAAUUCUAAGUGAUUUGAGAAUCAAGAAGUUGCUAUCAUUGAUUCUAUAAGCAUAUUAAGUUGUAAACUCUUAGAUAAAUUCCAAACACAAUUCCACAAGUUGAGCUAGAACAGGAAUUCUGGAGGCAAAGUAUAGUGGAAGAAUAUUGUCUUCAUUCCUCAAAGGAAAGUUAUGUGUAAGCCAAUUGGAAAAAUCCAGAGAAAAAGAAGGAAAAGUCUCUCUGGGACUGCAUUCGAUGACAUUUUUGUGAACAUGGUUUUUCUUUUUUUUUGUUAAAAAGAUUUAUUCAUUUAUAUGUUAGAGUUAUACAGAGAGAGGAGAGGAAGAGAGAGUGAGAGAGAGAGAGGUCUUCCAUUCAAUGGUUCUCUCCCUUCUUGUCUGCAAGAGCCGUGGCUGGGAUGAUCCAAAACCAGUAGCCAGGAGCUUCCUCUGGGUCUCCCAUGUGGGUGCAAGGGCCAAAGGACUUGGGCCACCCUCUACUGCUUUCCCAGGCCAUAGCAGAGAGCUGGAUUGGAAGUGGAGCAGCUGGGUCUCGAACUGGUGCACAUAUGCGAGGCCAGUGCCACACUUUGGCAUGGGAAUGUCUGUAAUCCAUGAAAAAGACCAAGUCAAAGUGAACGAUGACAUGACAGCAUUGGAGUACAAGGGGCAGCAGAGGGAACUUGAGCAUAAACCCAGGUUCUUUUUCUGGUUGAUCUGAGUUUUGUCUCCCAACCAGGAUUCUGGUUUAUUUCUCUGAAAUAUGCACAGUCACAGCCUUGAAGAAUAAGACAAAGCAAGUGAAAAGGAGAGAACUGCCAGUGUGUUAUAAAUGGUUCAUGGUCAAGUCCAUGCCUUUAUUUGUUACAUCCAUAUACUCCUUAAGCACCUAAAGUACAUAAUAUAUUAUCCUUCAUGCAUGUGAUGUAUCAGAGAAGUGAAAGACAGCUAGGAAAGAAACUUCCUGUAUUGCAGCAAUAUUGUAAUUGAGAAUGGGACAGCAGAUAAAAUGUCAAUAACAGAUUAAUUAUGCAGUGUGCUACAUGAUGAGUGAUUGGUCUGGGAGAAGCUGAUUAUGGGAUGGGCAGGGAAUGAGAAGAUGCAUUUUUUUUCACAGGCAGAGUGGACAGUGAGAGAGAGACAGAGCGACAGAGAGAAAGGUCUUCCUUUGCAUUUGGUUCACCCUCCAAUGGCCGCCACAGCUGGCGUGCUGUGGCCGACACACCGCACUGAUCCAGAGACAGGAGCCAGGUGCUUCUCCUGGUCUCCCGUGGGGUGCAGGGCCCAAGGACUUGGGCCAUCCUCCACUGCACUCCCUGGCCACAAAAGAGAGAUGGCCUGGAAGAGGGGCAAACUGUACAGAAUCUGGCACCCUGACCGGGACUAGAACCCGGUGUGCCGGUGCCGAAAGUGGAGGAUUAGCCUAUUGAACCGCAGCACCGGCCCAGAAGAUGCAUUUUUAAAAAUUUAUUUGAAAGGUAGUUUUACAGACCGAGAGAGAGAAGGAGAGAGAGAGAGAGAGAAAAUCUUCCUUCCAUUGGUUCACUCUCCAAAUACCCACAACGGCUGGAGCUAUGCCGAUCAGAAGCCAGGAACCAGGAGUUUCUUCCUGGUCUCCCAUGUGGGUGCAGUGCUCAAGCACUUGGACCAUCUUCCACUGCUUUCUGAGGCCAUAGCAGAGAGCUGGGUUGGAAGUGGAGCAGCCAGGUCUUGAACUGGAACCCACAGGGGAUGCCAGUGUGCAGGCGGCAGCUUUGCUGGCUACGCCACAGCACUGGCCCCAUCCCAUCAAUCUUGAACAUGUGUACUUUUCAAGAACCUUCAGAAAAAUAUCUCAUAUCGAUAUUUAUCAGGGUUCCAAAGCUAGAAAAAGAAAAAUAGAAUUAAAUUUUCACACAAUAUUUCUUACAAGGUUUUCUAAGAAAUAUCCGAUUUCCAUAAAAAUCGAUAUCUUACCCAAAAGGAAGAUCCCCUUACAAAAUGACAUUUCCUGAAGAGACAGUGUCUGUCAUGAUUUCGGAAUACAUGUGGACAGGUGAAAUAAAUGCAGACUCGGCCUGCGAGGUCCACAGUGCUGGGGUGGGGCGAUGCGUUCUUUAGCAAGGAGCGCCAGGGACAAGUUAUGGCAAACGUGUCCAUUUUAUUAACCAUCAAGCUCACCUUUUAAAGGGCAGGCAGCUAAUUCAGGGCAACACUAAUUCUGUAGGAUAGAGGCAAUACUGGCACUGCUAUGUUUCUCCAAUCAGCUUGAAGGUCACUUGGCUACAGUAGCUUUCCAGGAGGUCCUACUGGGUCUGGGCUUCACCCGGGAGCUGUUUCCCUGACUGGUAAUUUCAAGACCCUUCAACAGGGAUGGGAAGGAGGUGGGGGAAAUGUGCCUGGUGCUCCUGCCACCUGCAACAGUCAGGCCAUCCUGGGAGGCGUGGUGUACCACACCCUCCUUACCCAUGCAUGGGGGAGGCAGGCAAUCCCCCAGCUAGGCACAGAAUCACCCACAGUGACAGUGUCUGUCAUGAUUACGGAAUGUGGGUAGACAGGUGAAAUAAAGACGGGCCAGAAUGAAGUCAACUCUUCCUAGGGAAAAACUAUCAUUUCACUUGGAGCUGCCAUGACCAUGUCUAAAUGGGGACUUGUGUUUGCCUCAGGAGAAACCAUGUGCAGCAAUCAUGUGAGGGCACAGCCAAAAGAUGUGGUCAACCAGGAAGCUUUCCCUCAACAGGCACCAAACCCACUGCUUCCUUGAACUCGACUUCCAACCACCAGAGUGGGUGCAGAAGGUGCUCUUCUUUGUCCAGUCUCUCACCCAGGCCUAGAAAAAGGCCUAGACCUAGACCAGGUUGCCCCAGAUGCCACCUGGGACAGAAAUCAGAGAGUAGAAUAGGAGGAGCUAGCACAGGGAUUUUCAUAAGUAGCACAAAAGGAUGACUUCUGGGGUGGAAAUGCAUUACCAACUCUGCCCCAAUCACUUGCUGGGACUGUCUAGACUGCCUACAGACUCUCACAGAUCUUUCUCAUUUCCACACUACUUCUUGCACUGUUCCAGAGCCUUGCCUUUGUUAGCUGAGAUUUCAAGUUCUUGCACAAGACCUGGGGUUUUUCCAAAACAGUGUUCAGCAAGAAGUUGCCAAGUGCAGUGUGAAUGCCCAGAUGGUGAAACCCAGUGCCUAGGAGCCGUAGUGGUCAAGUUCAGCAUCUCCCAGGCAUGUCUGGAGCUGACAUGAACUUUGACCUUAAGGCUCAGCUCAGGGAACUGUAGAUCGUGGUGGUUGGAAAUCGAAGUUGGUGGUGGUUGGAAAGGGAUCAUAAUCUUUGUUCCUGUUCCUCAACUGAAACCUCCAGAAAAUCCAAGUCCAGCUGGUAUGUGAACUGGGGAAAACUUCAGUGGGAAGAAUAUUGUCUUCAUUCCUCAAGGGUGAGUUCUGCCUGAGCCAACUGGAAAAACCUAGAGAAAAACAAGCAGAAGCUUCCCUGGGGCCACACUCCUUGCCCUCCUUACAGACUCGAGCUUUCUAAGUGAAAUCACGGACCACAGGACCCAUGUGUGAUUGGAUGGUAGCUAGCUCAUAAGGUUCUUCUGAACAAAGUGCAAAAGAACAGUGUGCAAAACAAGGCUGAAAUUUUUCUGGUGUCUGUAAGAUGUUAAUUUUGAAUUCCCAGAGUUUCAAUGGCCAAAAACAUGACUAAUUAAUGUAUCAUUCACAUUUUUUAAGAAUGCAAACUGUUGAUAUCACAGAAAGCUGUUAUUCUAAACUAGUUAAUUUAUCCAGAGAUAGAUGAGGCAAGAAUGAAAAUGAGAAGGCAUUUUGUAAUACAUGAAAGAGACUGGUGCUGUGGCAUAGUGGGUAAAGCCACCACCUGCAGUUCUGGCAUCCCAUAUGGGUGCUGGUGUGAGUCCCGGCUGCUCUACCUCUGAUCCAGCUCUCUACCAUGGCCUGGGAAUGCAAUGGAGGAUGGCCCAGGUCCUUGGGCCCCUGCACCCAUAUGAGAGACCAUGGGGAGGCUCCUGAUCCUGGCUUUGUAUCAGCACAGUUCCGGCCAUUGUUGCCAUCUGGGGAUUGAACCAGCAGAGGUAGGACCUCUCUCUCUCUCUCUCUCUCUCUCUCUCUCUCUCUCUCUCUCUUUCUCUUUCUCUCUUACUCUUCUUCUCUGUGGAACUCUGAUUUUCAAUUAAAAAAUAAAUCUUUAAAAAAAGAGAGAGAGACCAGGUGGAAAUGACAGAUGAUAUAAGGGCAGUAAGAUGGAAGGAGUGAGAGGGGAAUUCCGAAGAUAAAGCCAGGUUGUGUUUCUGUCUGACCCAGGGGUUUCGUCUCCCAAUUACGAACAUUAUGAAUAUGUUUUGUUCAUCAGAACUAUGCCCAGUAAUAGCCUUAAAGAAUAAGACAAAGAAAAGGAAAGGGGGGAAUUAAAAUAAUGUUGCUAAUGAAUCAGGAGAAAGUCAAGAAAAUUUCCUUCAGUGUGUUUUAAUAAACACUUGUGGAAUACUUCAUGUGUAUUUACCAUUGUCUCUGUGUCUGAGAUGUAUCACAGGAAAAAACUGACAACAAGCUAAUCAGGGGAUGCAUAGUGCAGGGGUGCGUGUGGGAUGUAAAGUAGUAAGUGUAGGUGGUGCCACGGCUCACUAGGCUAAUCCUCCGCCUUGCGGCGCCGGCACACCGGGCUGCAGCAUGCUGGCCGCGGCGGCCAUUGGAGGGUGAACCAAUGGCAAAGGAAGACCUUUCUCUCUGUCUCUCUCACUGUCCAAUCUGCCUGUCAAAAAAAAAAAAGUAGUAAGUGCAGGCCUGAUUGAAAAGAUGAUACUGGGUGGCUGGCACUGUGGCACAGUGGGUUAUGCCCCAGCCUGCCGUGCCAUAUCCCAUAGGGAUGCCGAUUCAGGUCCAGGCUGCUCCUCUUCUGAUCCAGCUCUCUACUAUGGCCUGGGAAAGCAGUAGAAGAUGGCCAAAAUCCUUGGGCUCCUGCACCUGCAUGGGAGAUCCAGAAGAAGCUCCUGGCUCCUGGCUUUGGAUCAGCGCAGUUCCGCCAUUGCUGCCAACUGGGGAGUGAACCAGAGGAUGGAAGACCUCUCUCUCUGUCUCUGCCUCUCUCUGUUACUUUGUCUUUAAAAUAAAUAAAAUAAAUUAAAAAAGAAAAGAAAAAAUAAUGAUGAUAUUGGACUCGAGAAUGAAAGUAGAUGAACAAGACUUAAUGUGAAUAUUUAGGUGGAUAUGACCAAAAAUAAGGCACAAGUUGUUCCAGCAGAGCCAGGCAGCUGGUGUAUAUGGAACCAGGAAAAUGAGAAGCAGCGUGGACAACAAGAGGUUAGACAGGCAACGCAGGAGUAGCUCUGAGGCUCCAUAAGAUACCAUAGGUUACUUUCCUCAGGAAAACAUGGAUACUGCGGGGCAUAACCAGAAAUUAUCAUUUGUGCCUUGUACACUGAGUCACAUUGGCUGGUGGGUUGAGAGCUGACUUCCAAAGCAACAAAGGUGGUGCAAGGAAGCCAGGUUGACGUGCACUGCAAAAACUCAACUGAAAGAGGGUGGUGGGAGGCAGCCAUUCAGGAUGAGAGGACUUAGUCCUGCAGUUGCUACUGUGCUUUCCCAGGCUUCCUCACCCCCUUACCUAGCAACUGCUUACUUUUGGGUUCUUUCCUAACAUCCUAUUUUCUCAGGAAUCUGAGGAGUCAGGGUCAAACCUCAGCAUGAACAUAGGUAGCCGCAUGGUGAGCACUCUGGUUUGCAGUCUCACAACACAAAUCUCUGUCCCCAAAUGAGAGAGACUGUCAGUUUCAAUGGAACACAGUCAAGUUUUUCUCAAACUGUUACUUUCUGAUCCUUUGGAGAGACUUAGUAACCACUAGGAAUUGUUUCUGGCAAUUGGUAGGAGAGACAACAGUUUUUCAGAGUUACCCUGGCUCCCCAAGCCGUCACUCUCAUCAUUGAAACAGGUGCCAGGAUAAUCAUAGCUCUAGAGGGAACCCAGGUUAGAGAAUUCUAAAUGAUCUCUUCUGGGUCUUGUGGCCUCCCCACAACCCAUGCUCUGUCAUCACUGGGCCAUCCUCCUGGAAAAAGACAUCCUUUUAGGGACUACACCUUCAUCUGGGGACAGAAGCUCCAUAGAAAAUGGCUCUGAAUCAGUCUAGAAAGGGAAGAUACCUAGAAACAUUGAGAUCCAUGACAAAGGCAGCACUGGAGUGUAAAUAAGCUUCCAAAGAGGAGGGAGGGAUGGCUGCUAAGCCAUAACCCAGACUUCUCAAAAGCAGCUGCAGGUAAGAAGCUCCUUGUCUGUCUCUGAUCUCUCAUUUCAGUAGUGUGAUCACCUGUGAUGCUGGUUCAGUGUGGAACAUGGCAAUGAGAAGGUCGUAGGUUUGGGUUUGCAGGAAUUUCAGGAGUCAUACACUUAUUAUUUCCAUGUGUGUGAUAAGGAAUCAUAAAACUUGCUAACUCCUCACCUCGUGAGCAGUCACUAGGUAAGAAAAUGAUCAUUUGUGGAAUUUGAAAACUAUGUUAUUCUGAUUCUGAGACCCUGGUUUGAUUAAAAGAGACAGUGAUUGUUUCUCUCUCAAUAAGCAUGGUCUGUAAAAGAAUUUUCCCCUCUUGAAUGAGAAAAGGAAAGCAGUCUUAAAGAGACAAAGGAUUUCAUCAAUACAGAUGUCUGUGCAAAACCAUCCAGCAUCUUUAACUGAUAUUUGAUUCUAAAAUGAACUCUGAUAUUUUUACCUAGUUUCCAAAAUCAUGUUUUAAUGCAUUCUUAAGUCCAUUUAUUCACACUUUAAUUCAAUUUUUUGACAGGCAGAGUUAGACAGUGAGAGAGAGAGAGACAGAGAGAAAGGUCUUCUUUCUGUUGGUUCACCCCCCCAUAUAGCCACCACAGCCGGCGUACUGUGCCGAUCCAAAGCCAGGAGCUAGGUGCUUCCUCCUGGUCUCCCAUGCGGAUGCAGGACCCACGCACUUGGGCCAUCCUCUACUGCCUUCCUGGGCCUCAGCAUAAUUCAGUUUCCUCAUUGAUAGUUGCCAAUGCCUUCCAGUCUCCUUUAAUCAGUUGAUUCAAUAAAGAGCUGAAUAUGGAUGUGCAUUUGUGUGUGUGAGAGAAGGAGACAUAGCAUCUGUGUAUUGCUAGGGAGAAGAACAUAUUUAAUUUCUCUAACAGCUAUAGUGGAGUGAUGCAUAUUGGUGUAUGUUAAUAAAAGUAAUAGCCUUGGAGAAAAAUUAAUGUCUAUGAAGCCAAAUUCUGAAGUUUUAUAAAAAGGAGAAAAAAACAAGAAGAUAAAACUUAUGUUCAGUUAACUGGUGAGAACAGGAACUCUGACACGUUUCACUGAUAUUUUGACAUAUACAUAUAUAAUUCAACACACUGUCUGAGUUCAUCAAACUGCCCCAUGCAUGACUAUAUAGUGUGCUUGGUUUGGCCUGAGCAUGAGUUACCUGUGAUAUAGAGUGCUUUGGCAUUGCUCCUCUGAAGAAGCUGUAAAAUAUAUAUUUCUUCUAAUUUUUCCACUGGUGUUCUACAGUGCUCAAGAGUUCCACUGUCCCCCACAUCACUAUGUGCCACCAUCUGACAAGACACCUCCUUGGGUACGUCACCUGAUCAGAUGCUGUCUACUACCCUAGCUGGGUUAAGUAAUCAGAAUUCCUUCUAUUUCUGUAACAACGCGAUGUGAACUUACAUUAUUGGCUUCCUUAUGUGUUUUACAGAAGCACCACAGUCGAGUGCAUAAACUUCAUGGAAUAUUUUGAUAAAGGAUAAAGCACAAAAUGUCUUGCUCACAUUUAUGUUUUAAAUUAUUCUUCAAAAACUCUUUUAUAACUUGCUAGUUCGUAUUCAUCUAGUUAUCCAUGUACAUAAUUUAGGUUAAAUAAUUCAGAUAUAUUGAGAGCUGAUUAGAAAUGUAAUGAUGCUACAGUUGUGUUGUGUAACACUGGAGCGCCAUCAAAAUUGGUCCCAGCUCACGGCACUGUGCCUCUGUCUUUUUAUGAAUUUUAUUAAUGCCUUCAGAAUUAUGUUGUCACUUUCUGGUACUUUGGUGUUCUACUAUCUUAUUGCUCUGUAUUCUGGUUCUUUUUGUCAUGAUUCAGACUUUGGAAUUUCAAGAUGUACUUAAGAGCCUUAAAUAUAUUUUUUAUGAUGACUGAUAUUGAAAUGCAUGGAUAUUAUAGACUUUGUCUUUUAUUUUAUUUGACCAUCAUUAAUUCUACUAAAAUGUUAAUUAAUCUUCUA